GCAUCUUCGCCGACGACGCAGGCCUGGGCCUUGGGCAAGAAGCGAGCGCCUCCGACGUGCCGCAGACGGCGCUGGCUGACGCGCCGAGCGCAGAAGUGGGAGGCACGGACAUGGGCUUCACUAGCUUCCUGUUCCCUGUGGAGCAGCACGCUGCGGUCGUCUCACGCCUGAGGGGCGUGCUGCGGCUCUCAGAGGAGGCUGGUGGCCCGGCAGCGCGCCUGGACCCCGUGCCCGAGCCUGCCUUGAGGUUCGCGGCGCAGCGCAGCACUCUUGCCCACGCAGGCUGCCCGGACGAGGUCGACCAGCUCCUGGCACGCGCGAUGGAGAGGGCGCCGCGGCUCCGCUUGCUGCAGCCCUUCCAACGAGACGGGGUCCGGAGAGUUCUUCAGCUGCGCGGCAGGUGCUUGCUGGCGGACGAGAUGGGCUGCGGCAAGACGCCGCAGGCGCUGGCGGUGCUGGCCGCGUACGAGGAGUGGCCAGUGCUCGUCGUCUGCCCAGCCUCCAUGCGGCUCGCCUGGGCCGAGGAGAUGGAGCGGUGGUUGCCCGAGCUGCUGCGGCCCCGAAAUAUCCACGUGAUCUUCACGUCAAACGACAUGCUGCCGCAGAGCCGCCAGCCGGGGAGCUUGGGAGAAGUUCGCGUUUGCAUCGUCUCCUUGACGAUGGCCCGCCUGCUGCACGAGAACCUCUCCGAGAGGAGGUGGACCCUGGCCGUGGUGGACGAGUCGCACUCGCUCCGGUUUGCCGGGGGGCGCCCGUGCACUUCGACGAGGGCUUGCCUCGCGUUGUUGGCGCCCGUACCGCGCGUGUUGCUGCUGUCGGGCACGCCCUCGGCCUCGUGCUACCUGGACGUCUUCGCCCAGGUAGACUUGCUGCGCCCCGGCCUCCUGGGGGCCUCCUUACGAGAGUUCUCGCGAAGCUACGACGAGCCAGUGCUGUCCGCCUCUGGCCACCUGGUGCCGGGGCGCUGCCGCCGGAGCUGGCAGCUCGCGUCCUUGCUGCGGGAGGCGGUGAUGGUACGGCGGCGGAAGUGCGAGGUGCUCUCGGAGUUGCCCCCGAAGCGGAGGAGGGUACUCCGGCUGGCCAUCUCAUCCGAGGCGUCUGCUGGGCUGACCGAAGCUGACGCGGCGGCACUGACGGACUACGAGCGCAUCGGGCUGCUGAAGGCGCAGGCCGCCGAGGGCUGGCUGCGUGACCGGAUCAGCCAGUGCCGCCAGACCGGCAUCAAAAUCGUCGUGUUCGCGCACCACAUCCGCGUGUUGGACCGAGUGUCCAGCUUGGCGGGCAGCCUGGAUGUGCCGCACAUCCGCAUCGACGGCUCGACGCCACCUCUCUUGCGGCAGACCCUCAUCGCGCGCCUGCGCCAGAGGGACCAGCAUGGUGCCGCGCUCGCUGUGAUAGGCGUCACCGCGUGCGCUGUCGGCGUCGACCUCUCCGCCGCCUCGCUGGCGAUCUUCACGGAGUUCCCCCCAGACGCGUGCUGGCUGAGCCAGGCAGAGGACCGGCUGCACCGCCGCGGGCAGUGCCGGAGCGUGGACGUGGUGAUGCUGCUGGCGCAGAAGGCGGUGGGCAGGAAGAGGACCUGGGAUGGCCGCUGGAGCCGGGCGGCGGUGGCGCGCUGCUGCGACGCGGACGCCCGCCGCUGGCAGUCGCUGCAACGCCGAGUAGCAGAGGUGUCGGAGCUCCACGACGGCCCCGGCGCGGUGGCGGCGGCGGCGGCCCUCUUGAGCGGGCCGUCGCACGGCGACGGCGCGGGCGCCAGCGCUGGCGCGGCGGAGUCCCUCGAGCCGAGGCUGACCGCUGCCGGGCGGACCGAGGGCGACGGCAAGGGCGCCGACGCCGGCGCGGCGGAGUCCCUGGAGCUGAGGCUGGCCGCCGCCGGACGGGCCAAGGCGGAGGGCGACACGGAGGAGUUCAGCUUCGAGAUGUCGCCCCACACAGGCCGCCUGCACGUGCACUUGGGCGGAGAGCCGAUCGGAGUCAGCCUGCCAGUGGAGGCCACGGGCGCGGUCCCGCGGGAGCUGGCGCGCCAGGCAGAGGAAUUCCGCCAGGCCUGGCGCGGUCUCAGCCCGUACCAGCGCCGGCUGGCGGGCGGGCAGGCGCACGCGGCCCGCUCGCUGCCCCGCCGGGCCCCAUCGCCGCAGCUCGCGGGCUCCAAGUCGCGCUUCAUCCUGCGACGGCACCGCACUCCUCCACGGACGGCGACGAGCCGGGGGCGGCGGCGACGCCACGCUGCGAGGUGCGCGUCGCGUACGCGUGCGGCAGGCUCGGCGGUAGGACUCUCAGCUUCUGGCAGCCAGUCUCCGCCGACGGCUCGGCCCUGCUGUGCAUGGAGUGCCUCGGCGCCCUGGACAUGGCCGCCGCCCCGCCGCCCGAGCCGCUCCCACAGGCUGCCCGAGGCCCCUCUGGCGAGCGGGUCACCCACCGCGCAGCCUGCGCCGUGGACGACGACACGCACUUGUUCUGCACCGGCGCCUGCCGCGCGCGCUUCUUCGGCAAGCGCAGUGGCUGCAGUCUCAGGCGGCAGCUGUUCGAGCUGGAGCGGGGCGUCUGCCAAUCCUGCGGCUUGGACUGCACGACGCUCCUGCAGAGCUUGUUGGCUGCCGGCAGCGAGAGCCGCCGCGUUGCAUGCCUCGCGGCGACGGCGCCCGGCCUCGCGGCGAACGCGCAGUUGGCCGCUCGGGUGCUGACCAGGCUGUCGGAGGGCGUCCUGUGGCAGGCGGACCACAAGGUGCCCGUAUUCGAAGGGGGCGGGACCUGCGGACUGGAGAACCUGCAAACGCUGUGCGCGGUCUGCCACUCGGCCAAGACCGCCUCGGAGGCGCGACGACGGGCGCGGCGCGUGGGCAGGCAGGAGACCUCGGGGCCAAUCUUUUCUCUCCACCCUUCAGGUGCUAUAUCGAUUCUGGCCGGCUCGAUCCGAUUCGGUUUCGGUGUCCGGAAGAUCCGAUGAGGCCCGUCAUUCGCAUGGCGUUUUGUUGCGCACAUUGCAUCGGCCGAUCCGAUGUGAGUUUUACCCCGUGCCGGCCGAUGCAGCCCGAUCAGGCGCAUGUCCCAAUAGUAUCUAAUUUCCCGGUUCG